AUGGACACUAUCCACCGCCCUCGCUCCUUACAGCAGGAGGAAGGCAUCACCGGCGUGCCUGCAUCUGUACGGAGGCCCACGGUGAAACUUGAGUCGUGGCCCCAGCUGAAGAAUGACACAUCCAGAGAGGCCAGCUCCUGGAGACCUGGGGCCACCACCGCUGAGCUGAGCCAAUUAGAUGGAUCUUCCCCACUGCGCCAAGGCCGUGCUGAACACCAGUGCUCCCUGAGUCAGAGCGACCAGGAGAGGUUUCACUUGGAGCUGCGCGCCCUGUCUACACUUGUGGGCUGUGGUGUGAUCGUUAGACAGGCCCGAGCGAGGAAGGAACUAAAGAGAUGA